AUGGCGACGGCCAAGAAUGUCUCCCCCGGAGCCGCGCUCUUGAGAUCAUCGCGCAUGUUCUCCAUGCCAGCGCCCAUAUCGGCACCCAGCGACCUCUCAAUGGCAACCAAGCACAAGUCGGCGACGGCGACCACGCCCUUCCCUACUCACCUGACCGUCACCACGCCCCAGGCCUCGCGUCUGGUGGGCGACUGGGGCUUCAAGCGCCCGUUUCCCCUCAAGACGACCACCAAGUCCACCCUGCCGCUGGUGCGCGUCCGCAAGGUCGACUCGAUCGAGCAUGUGACGGAUUUCCGGUCCGCCUCGGACCACGCCAUCACGCUCAAGAAGUUCCAGGAAAUGAACUUGGACUUCACGGUGCCGCAGAAGGACGACCAGCGGCCCCCCAAGUCCGUAUUCGAGGAGGACGCCGACGUCACCGCCCUGACCCCCGAGGAAAGGGUGAAGAAGGAGAAUAUCCGCUGGCGGUUCAACGGGCCGUGGCUGGCAGGCAUGACGGACGGCGAGUUCAACGAAUAUCUGUCGAGCACCGUCCGCGGGAAGCGGACCGAGUUCCGUGCGUAUCUGAAGGCACAGCUGGCGGCUGAUAUGACCAACGAGCAGAACCAGCAGGCCCAAGAGAGAGCCGAGGAGGCCCCGGUACCCGUCCAGUCCAGCGACAUUAGCGAGACUGCCUUCACCGAGCACCUCAGACAGCUCCGGCAAGACCCGGUCAUGCUGUUCCAACACGUCAGCAGGUUCCUGGACCUGGCGCCCCUCGCCCCUGAAGAAGCUGCCUUCAACAGGCUGGGUGCUCUACGGCCGAACAAGCGAUACACUUUCUCAGACAGUCCGUAUGCAGCAAACGGCCCGCCCAUUACACACCCCUCUGCUGGGCUUUCCUAUCUACGGACCAAGAACUAUCUGGACAACCACCCGAUCUACGGGCCACAGCAGCGCCACCCGCCCGUCAAGGCCAGGAUCGUGACACCCAAGAACAGCGCGGCCAACUACGUUGCCAAGAUUGGUGUCGCAGGCUUCAUCUCCAAGAUUCCGGAGGGAGAGACGUCGUUCAACUUCAAGGCCGGAGGCACGUACAACAAGAACAGCGCCAUUCCGGGCUUGAACGAUUUCCAGCCAGAUGUCGUUGGCGGAUCCAAGGUCUACGUGGAACCGCAGAAGGUCACCAUCAGCUCCACCGGAAAGGUGGUGCUUGGGUUCGGGGCUACAGACCCCAGCGCGGCCGUAGUACAGAAGGAGAUGGUCGGCGAGGGCGUUGUUUUCGAGGACGCCGUCAAGGAGACGAACGAGGCCCUGAGCGCCCAGAGGCCCAUGUUGCAGAGACCCUGGGCAGCACGGAGUAGAAGCAUCAUGGGCAGCUCCAAGACGUACGGGCUCUGA